AACGAAGCUGCAUUAUCACUAUUAGCAUACUCUUUGUCUGGUGUGUCGCGCACACAACGCCUUCAACCAACGCGCACUACGUCUCGUCUCGGCCAUGGCCGAACAGGAUUCAGACAAGAGUCAGCAGCGGAAGCAGCAGCCAGCAGGAGAUGAUGGCUGCGCAAGUGGUGCAAAGCAGUACAGCGUGUCUCAGCAGCAGUACGCAUUACCUCCACCGCACACUGAUAGCUACCCGCCUGCGCCUACAUAUCUACAUCACCAACAACACCACCCCUCACCGGGAAUACCAGUGCAGCAUCCACUGAUUUACCCUGGACAGUUCAGCACGGAAGCAGCACACAUAAGCCAUGCGGCCCCUCAGCCGCAAGUCGCAGCUCCCACCCCGGCAACAAUGGGUGCGCCGCUCCAUGCAGCACAGGUUGGCUAUUCUGCUGCCGGUUUUUCCGUGGAUGCGUUGUCAGCUGGCCACAGGAAUGCACGACCGGCAUCCACCGAGCAGCCAGAAUCGGCAGCAGCGACCCCUGCCACAGCUACGCAGGAGCUGGUCUUUAUUCCCGCCAAUAUUGACCGAAUAAAGCGCGGCUAUGAGGACAAGUCGCGAAAGCAGCUCACCGACGAGGUCAUCCCACGGCGCCGAUCACAGAGAGAUUACGAAGUUCUGGUUUUCCGUGCCAAGCAGCCGCGAGUCCAUAGAGAUUCCGUACCACGUAUUCGCCCAGCAACACCACAGUCACCUAUUGGGACCCUAGCCAGCAGCCAGCGCCGGAGCAUCCAAGCUUCUGACACAAGCACACACCAUCUUCCGCUUCCCCGCCCCCCUAGCUCGGCCAGCGAGGCUGGCACUAUCAAAAGACGGCACUCUGCUGUCCACCAGAAAUCAGAGCCGGCUGUGUCACCGUCGAAGCACAAAUUGGAAAUGCUGUUAGACGACCCUAUGGCCCUGUAUAAGCCACUGACAUAUACAGCAAAGAGCGAAGCCGAAUCGUCAUCGCCAAUAACUCCAUAUUCGAUCGGUCAGUCUUUGUGUGCAUACGAGGGUCCUGUAUUAACACAACCACAGCCUGGCUCUUCUAGCAAGGGCAAGGAGCCUGAGGUUGUUUGCUACCCACCACCACAGCCCAUUAUCCAAAGCUAUCCUCCAAUUGGUUUUCCAGAACACUCGGCAAUAGCCACGCAAUUCAACGGUCAUGAUGCCGGCUUGCUGGUGCUCGAAGAAAUAGCCAAGGUACGCAGCGAACUUGACCUCAUAGAGACCGAUAUCCACGCAAUUCCAACUCCAGAAAAGCAGAAGCUGGCUGUCUCGUUAGCACACAUGGCUCAGACACUCUCUGAAUUCCGGCUGCCAUGAUUUGAGUU